GGAGAGGGUCGAUCAUUUCAAUUCUGACCUUCUCCAUUGAGCAUUGAAAGAGGAAACACGUUGCCAAAAGUUUCCAAAAUGGAAGAGAAUAAGAAGGGCAAGAACAUGGCCGUCCUUGGCGUGUGCUCGUUGAUCUUGGUUGCAAUGGUUGUCGCUCUUACCAUCGGAAGCCAAGAUUCUGAACCAGAGAAUUCGGGUCAAGAUGGUAUCACCGCCUCUCGUAAAGCCAUUCAAGCCGUGUGCCAACCGACUACGUAUAAGGAAACAUGUGUCAAAAGCCUAUCUGCUUCAAAUGCGACACAAUCUACUGAUCCUAGAGACCUUAUUCAAGUAGCAUUCAAUGUCACGAUCAAAGACAUUCGUGAUUCGAUUAAGAACUCAAGCCUUUUUAUGAAUCUCAAGGAUGAUCCAAGAUCAAAAGCGGCGUUGGAGAAUUGUGAAGACCUGGCCAACCAGGCUAUAGAAGAUCUUAGAAGGACUCUUGCAAAGUUUAAGGACUUCGACUUGCUGAAUUUGGAUAAUUGGUUGGACGACUUGAAGACUUGGCUCAGCGGAUCUCUCACGUAUCAAGAAACAUGCUUGAGCGGAUUUCAAGAAAUCCCAGGAAACGAAGAGAAACGAAUGAGGGAGCUUCUAACGAAAUCCAUGCAAAUGACCAGCAAUGCCCUUGCUAUGGUCACGGAAAUCUCCUCGCUUAUCACCGAGGAUGAAGCCGAGUCUCUCACCAAUGAAAUGAGCAGACGCCGUCUUCUCUCAAGUAACAAGGAAAAAUUCCCAGAAUGGGUGACCCCCGGAAGGCGCGGGCUUCUCGGGGCCAAUCUAAGCGAGGUGAAACCAAACCUCAUUGUCGCCAAGGACGGAUCCGGGAAUUACACGAGCAUAAACGACGCCUUGAAAAAUAUACCAACAAAAAGCGACGAAACAUUCGUUCUCUACAUCAAAGAGGGCGUUUACGAAGAGCAAGUCACCGUUUACCGUAACAUCACCCAUCUCACCAUGAUAGGCGACGGUUCGAACAAGACAAGAAUCACCGGAUGGCUGAAUUUCAUCGACGGGAUUUCCACCUUUCACACCGCUACCGUUGGUGAGUACUAGGAAUACUUCAUUCAUUAAUUUAUUGUGUAACAUUUGGUUUAUUACCGGAGUAGUAAUAAUUCAUAACAUUUGUUUGCAUCCAAUAUAAUGCAGCUGUUCUGGGAGAUUAUUUCAUGGCGAGGGACAUCGGAUUCGAGAACUCGGCGGGGCCGGAAAAGCAUCAGGCGGUGGCUCUGAGGGUCGGCGCCGACAAGUCAAUCUUCUACAACUGCAAGAUGGACGGGUACCAGGACACACUCUACGCCCACACGUACCGCCAGUUCUACCGAAACUGCGAGAUCUCCGGCACCAUCGAUUUCAUCUUCGGCGACAGCGCCGCCGUGCUCCAGAACUGCACCAUCGUCGUCCGGAAACCACUGGAAAAUCAGCAGAACAUCGUGACGGCUCAGGGCCGGAAGGACCCGCACCAGCCGACCGGGCUCGUCCUGCAGAAUUGCACCAUCGUGGCGGACCCGGCUUACUUCCCUCACCGGUUCACCCUCAAAUCGUACCUCGGCCGGCCGUGGAAGGAGUUCUCGAGAACCGUCAUCAUGGAAUCGUACAUCCCCGAUUUCAUUCAGCCGGAGGGGUGGUUGCCGUGGAGCGAGGAUUUCGGGCUGGAAACCCUAUUCUACACGGAGUUCAACAACAGAGGACCCGGAUCUUCGAAGGAGAACCGGGUCGAUUGGGUCGGAAUCAAGGAGCUGCCGAAGAAGCAGAUCAAGCGGUUCACCGCCGGGAAAUUCAUCUCCGGGAACAGCUGGAUUCGAGAGUCCGGCGUGCCUUAUAACCACGGCCUCAUUUACUCGGCGCCGAAGAAAGAUAAAUCGGUAAAGUACUCGGACGUGGACGACGACGAUUUCAAAGAUCUGGGCAAAAACGACAAGGAGGCUUAUGUUUUCCGCCGCCCCCCUCCGUCUGCAAUUAGUGCCUCUCCCUUCCCGGCUCCAACUCCGUCGCCAACUCCGUCCCCAUCUCCGACGUCAUAUUACGAGACUCUUGUAGAAGCGCCGAUUCCGAUGAAUGCUUGGAUUUAGGAUCUAACCGCCGCCGCCCACUGGCUAAAAUAUUGACGACACCACAUUUUUCUCUGUAAAUGUUAACUCCAUAUUUCUAGAUCGGCAACGUGUUCCGU